UUCAUGGUUCAACUAUUCAUUAUGAUGUAUAAAAUUGAUCUAGGAGUAACCUGAAAAUAACUUUCUAUGUUGUGGGAUGAAGAACAAAAAAAGUAAUUUUUAUUGAUAAAAAUAUAUACUUAUAUGGAUUAAAUGAAAAGUGAUGAUCAUUUGAUGAGGCCCCCACUGGUGUAUCUUAUUCUUAUUGGUUAGGUUUGCCUUCGUGGUUUGUAAACAGAAUAAUAACAGUGCACACGUGUGUUCAGUGUUAAAAAUCCACUCAUAGAUUUCAUUUUCUCGGAGAAUAAAGUUAUUUAUUGGAUAAAGCGUGAGUUUAUGUAAUUUCUGGUAAGCUAUUGAGAGAAAAUCCGUGUUUUAAGGGUGAGUGGACGAUAAAUUCAUCUUCGAUGGGAAGAUCUAAAUCGAAGAAGUGUCGGAAAGUUGUCAUUGCAGAUGAAAUAAAGGAAGAGACUGAUGAAAACUUGAUGAGAAAUUUACCAGACAAACUACUACUGAUGCGAGUGAAGAGUGGAACGAAAAUUAGAAAUGUUUUUAAUCACGCAAUCAAAGAAUUUUCAAAGUAUGAGGGUGUUUUAUGGUCCGGUGCUGGGCAGGCAGUAGGAAAAGUCAUCUCCUGUGCGGAGAUGUUCAAAAGAGAAUUUAAAGGGCUCCACCAAGUAACGAAACUUCAUUACAUCAAAUCGAAAAAUAAUUCUAAAGAUGAAGGGAAUGACAGACAAGUGCCAGAAAUUCAUAUCUGCCUUACUAAAAAUCAAUUCAACUCCACGGAACUUGGAUUGUUCCAUUUAUUCAGAUACCAAGGGCCAGAUGACAACAUGUUCCAGAACUCAUCCGAGAAUGUGUCUGAUCAGGGUCAAGGUAGUAGGAGCAAAAUUUCUGGCAUUGCUGCUGAGGAAUUUGCUAAAAUGGGUUUGAGAACGGGACAAAAGAGGCCAAGGGAAAAUUUCAAGGAUAAAACAUCAACGAAAAAGUCGAAGCGAAUUCCUUAAAAUUAAUUAUUCGAAUGUCAGUGAUGAAAAUGGCUAUAAAAGUGUCUAGACAUCUAGUCGAUUUAGUCUCAUUGA